AUGGCACUGCUUCUCGAUCAGCGCGGCGCCGAAGUCAAGAUCACUGAAGAGGUGGUCAAGGCAGCAGCUAGGAACGAAUCUACGGGCUAUGAGGUGAUGGAACUGCUCCAUCGGACUACUGGUAUAAAAGUCACUGCUGGGGUGAUCGAGGCGGUCGCCACCAGUGGUCAGGAACAGGUCCUUCGUUUCCUCGACCAGCACUCUAGCAUUGGAAGUGAUAAAGAGAGCUGGUUCAAGAUCACACGCCUCUACAAUGCCGCCAAAACGGGAGACUCUGCAGAUGUUCGUCAGCUUGUGGGCAAUGGUACACCUCCAGACAAGCAGAAUAUCCACGGCAUAACGCCUUUGUGGAUCGCAUCUUCACGCGGGCACGAAGUAGUGGUCCAAGUUCUCCUGGCGACUCAUGCCAUUGCCGUUAAUGUACGGAGCGUAUCUGGUCGGACCCCAUUGUUCUGGGCCGCGGCAGAUGGCCACUCCGAAGUCGUGAAGAUGCUUUUGGAUCAUGGUGCUGAACAGACUUACACAGACAAGGACGGCAUAUCACCGCUCUCCCUCGCUCGUCUGCACCGUCGGGUAGACGUGAUAGACAUUCUUACUAGGUACAAUGCAUAG